CUGAUCAUAUAUUUAUUUAAAAUCUUUUGUCAUAUUUGAAUAAACUGCAAAACUAAAGAAAAGUACGUGAUUGUAUGAUUACGUGAUUGCACUUCGUGUCCACAAUUACGAGAUAAAUGAAAGCAGCUGAUUACUGUAAAAGACAAUCGAAAAUUUCUUUUAUUAAUUAAAACUUGAUCUCCUAUUAUUUGAAAUUAAUUUGCCUAAAAUGUUGAAUACAAUUGCUUACCAAUUUGUCAAGUCAGUCAAUAAUUCUUUAAGAUUACAACAACAAGUGAGGACCAAAUACAUAUUGAAGCGCAAAUAUGAACCACCACUACAUAAAAUCAAUCAAAAACCGAGAUUAAUGCGAGGACGACAUCAUAUCUACGAACUAGUUGAAGAUACAUGUGUCAAGAAGCCCAAAAAUAUUGACGUUAUACUGAAAACUUUUGUGGAAGGUGUAGGUGACAAAGGAGACGUAUUAUCACUGAAGCCCACAUUCGCCUAUAAUAAAUUGCUGCUUCCUGGCUUGGCUGCGUACAAAACGGAAGAAAAUAUUGCCAAAUACGCUAAAAAAAUCGAGGAGAAAGUCGAAGCAAAACAUAGCUCACCGUAUGCGCAAAGGACAGUAAAUAUGUUGGAACGCCUAGUACUUGCAGUAGUCAUGAACAAAGAUCACCCUUGGGUUAUUAAACCUUGGCAUGUAAAAGCCUCUUUGCGAAAGGCAGGCUACAUUUGCAAAGAAGAAUGCAUCACUUUGCCGAAAGAUUCAAUCGAAGGUCCCGAUCUCACUAAAGAAAACAAAGAAUUCUACUGCACCAUCACAAUUAAUAAUGUGGAAACCGCCCGUCUCAAAUGUCGUAUUCAUCAUUGGAGUACUGAUCCCAGCGAGCGGCUACCCUAUGUUACUGAACAUUGGAAAAUGCCGGCUGAGCCAUUAUUUGUCAGUGCAGGAGCGACCGAGAACGCCAAGACAUAGGCAAUUUUAGUUAUAGGUUUCAACAAGAAAAGAAAACAAUCGAACUGUAUUCAGAAGUUUAAUAGAUUUGAUACUAAUAUGCGAAAAAUCAAUAUAAAAGACCUGAAAUGGAAAUUAAAUUUCGCUUAGUAAUUCAUAAUCGCUUUAAGCAGGUGUUUGAUUACACGAUCACUUCGGGGAGAUGGGAUGAUGUUUAUGUUAACAUUAAAUAACUUUGUGAGCCAAGCACCAUUGAAAAAGACCUAUACAAAAGAAAUAAGAGUAGACUAAGAUUGCAAAUAAUAAAUUUAAGCGCCAGUGGAAAAUUUCGGGCUUCUUUCCGCCAAUUUUGCUUUCCCCUUUUUAUUUUCUAUCUCUCUCUCUCUUCUCCUGCGCUAGCCAUCUCUUCUCUAGUUUUGUUGUACUUAGCUAUGAGGUAGAUAUGAUUAUCAUCGCUUCGUCGUUAUUAACAUCCCCUUAACUUAUUACUAGACCCUUUUUUCAAACUUCUUCGAAAGUAUCGCACCAGCAUUUUGUACUUGGAAUAUUGCGUAAUUUCGAACUCAUUACCUGAUUGAUGAUAAUGUUGUUAAAAUACCUUUCAACCAGGAUACGGGGACUGACUGAAUACUUUUGCUGCAUGAGUUAUGUGUGCGAAAGGGUUGGAAAUAACAAAAAAUUCUAGCAAAAAAAAUUUUGAUCAAGUUUAGGAAUUGAAUACAAGAUAGAUGUAGGUUUGUGGAUAUAAAAUUUUUGCAUUAAGUCUUCGGUAUAUCGAAAAUA